GGGUCCGAGUGAAGCAUCUCACGCUGUCAGCCCCUCUUUGGUCUCCUUCCAACAUCAUCAGCAACAGCGGUGGCAGCAGCACCAGCAGCUACGGCCCCGCCUCGCGACGUGAACCGCUGGCUGGUUCACCUCCAGCGCCGUCUCACAUCUGGCUGUCAGGAAACAGCGCUGCUGCCGCUCCGUCCGGUACCGCGGCAUGCUCAUAUCCGAAGAAGAAGAGGAAGAGGAUUUUUAUUUAUCUAAAAGGGGAGCGAAAUGUCUGAGGUGCGAAAAUUCACAAAGAGGCUGAGCAAACCCGGGACGGCCGCGGAAGUCAGACAGAGCGUGUCGGAGGCUGUGAGGACCACCGUGGACCUUGUGGAGCAGCCAAAGAUCAUUGAACCGCUCGACUAUGAGGCUGUGGUGUUUCAGAGAAAGGCUCAGAUCCACAGUGACCCCUACAGAGACCUGCUGCUCUGCCCUGUGGAUGAUGUCUCGGAGUCUCAGAUCUCCCGGCAGAGGAGGACCGUUGUUCCCUCUGUGCCCCAGAAUGCCGAGCGGGAGGCUAGGAGUCUGUUUGCCAAAGAGUGCAUUAGGAUGUACAACACCGACUGGCACGUAAUCAACUACAAAUACGAGGCUUAUUCUGGAGACUUCCGCAUGUUGCCAAGCAAAGGCCUGAAGACAGACAAACUGCCAGCUCAUGUGUUCGAAAUCGAUGAAGAUGCCAAAGACGAGGACUCGGCAUCGCUGUGCUCCCAGAGGGGAGGCAUCUUGAAGCAGGGCUGGCUUCAGAAAGCCAACAUCAACAGCAGCCUGUCUGUCUCCAUGAGGGUGUUCAAGAGGAGGUACUUCUACCUGUCUCAGCUCCCCGAUGGCUCCUACAUCCUCAACUCUUAUAAGGAUGAGAAAAACUGCAAGGAAACCAAAGGAUCCAUCUACCUGGACUCCUGUAUAGAUGUCAUCCAGAGUCCCAAGAUGCGGCGGAAUGGCUUUGAGCUUAAGAUGCAAGACCGCUAUAGCCACUUCCUGGCUGCAGACAGUGAGGCAGAGAUGGAGGAAUGGGUGGCCACACUGAAACAGGCUCUGCAGAGCAGCACAGAGGCUGGCCAGGACAGGAGGAAUGGUGCUGAGUCGCUGGACUGUGUCCUUGAUGAUGACACGGCCAGCCAAGGUAAAGGCGAGAGCAUGCUGGAGAACUCGGGGAGGAGCUUGCACACCGAACUCAUCAAGUACACCAGGGAGACAGACCAGCUCAGUAAGAUGAACAGGAACGAAGGCAGGCUGAAGCUCUCCUCUCUGGAUCCUGAGACACAGAGGCUGGACUUCUCUGGGAUCGAGCCAGACGUGAAGCCCUUCGAGGAGCGUUUUGGUCGACGUAUAGUGGUCAGCUGCCACGACCUCACCUUCAGUCUGCAGGGCUGCGUGAAUGAGAAGGGUGACGGUGUCCUUACCAAUGUGGAACCGUUCUUCAUCAGCCUUGCUCUCUUCGAUGUCUCCAAGAGCUGCAAAAUCUCGGCCGACUUCCACGUUGAGCUCAACCCGCCAUCUGUGAGGGAGAUGCUCACCGACACCUCCACCCAGGCGUCUCCUUCAUCUGACUCGGACGGCGGUGGAGGCGUGAAGGACGGGGGACACGGCCUGCCGCUGCUUCAGAGGGUGGCAGAGGCUCUGCUGCGCUUCCCCACUCAGGGUAUCUUUUCAGUGACUAACCCACAUGCAGACAUCUUCCUGGUGGCCCGUGUGGAGAAGGUGUUACAGAAUGGCAUCACCCACUGCGCUGAGCCAUACAUGAAAACCUCUGACAUCACUAAGACUGCUCAGAAGGUGCUCAAAGGUGCCAAGCAGACAUGCCAACGCUUGGGCCAGUACAGGAUGCCGUUUGCUUGGGCUGCCAAGCAGGUGUUCAAAGAUGCUCAGGGCAGCCUGGAUAUGGAUGGGAAGUUUUCUCCUCUCUAUCGCCAAGACAGCAGCAAAAUCUCGACUGAUGACCUCAUCAAGCUGCUGGCCGACAUCAGGAAACCAGAGAAAAGCAAACUUCAGAUCAUCCCUGGACAGCUGAACGUCACCAUCGAGUGUGUCCCGCCUGAUUUCUCAAACACGGUGACAUCCUCUUACAUUCCCGUCAAGCCCUUCGAGGACGGCUGUGAGCGGGUGUCGGUGGAGAUCGAGGAAUUCCUCCCCGAGGAAGCCAAGUACAACUACCCCUUCACCACUUACAAGAACCAGCUGUACGUCUACCCCCUGCAGCUCAAAUAUGACAACCAGAAGACCUUCACUAAGGCUAGAAACAUUGCCAUCUGCAUCCAGUUCCGAGAUUCUGAUGAAGAAGCUGCUGCUCCUUUAAAGUGCAUCUACGGCAAGCCGGGAGAUUCACUCUUUACAAGCAGCACCUACGCAGCCGUCCUGCACCACAAUCAGAGCCCGGACUUCUACAAUGAGGUGAAGAUUGAGCUGCCGGUUCAUGUGCAUGAGAAACACCAUAUCCUCUUCACCUUUUACCACAUCAGCUGUGAAUCCAGCAGCAAAGCCAGCAGCAAGAAGAGGGACGGAGUGGAGUCACUCGUGGGCUACUCCUGGAUGCCUUUGCUUAAAGAUGGGAGGAUGCAGUCGUUAGAGUUCCAGUUGCCCGUGGCUGCCACUUUGCCUGCUGGAUAUCUUUGUCAGGACACCAGGAAGGCUGAUAUCAAGUGGGUGGAAAACGCCAAGACACUGUUUAAAGUGAGGACCCACGUAGCAUCAACGAUAUAUCCUCAGGACCUCCACCUGCACAAAUUCUUCCAGCACUGCCAGCUGAUGAGAACAGCAUCAGAAGGCAACCCAGCAGAACUGAUCAAGUACCUGAAGUGCCUACAUGCCAUGGAGACUCAUGUCAUCAUCACCUUCCUGCCAACAGUGCUGAUGCAGCUGUUUGAGGUGCUCACAGCAGCCACCAAAGAAGCCCACGAGAUUGCUGUUAACUCUUUGCGUGUGAUCAUACAUAUAGUUUCCAAAUGCCACGAGGAGGGACUGGAACACUACCUGCGCUCUUUUGUUAAGUACGUUUUUGUAACCAACAAUCCUCCAUCGGGAAACUCAGUGACCAGUCACGAGUUGCUGGCCACAGCUGUAACAGCCACCCUCAAACAAACUGCUGAUUUCAACACCAGCAAUAAACUGCUCAAGUACUCUUGGUUCUUCUUUGAAACCAUGGCGAAAUCCAUGGCUCAGUACCUGCAGGAGGAGAACCGCAUGAAGAUGCCACGGGCCCAGCGCUUUCCGGAGAGUUUCCACCAGGCUUUGCAGUCCUUGGUGUUGUCCAUUAUGCCGCACAUCACCAUCCGCCACUCAGAAAUCCCAGAGGAGGCUCGCUGCAUCAACCUGAGCCUGGCGAAUUUCAUCAAGAGGUGCCUGACUGUCAUGAACAGAGGUUUCGGUUUCGGCCUGGUCAACCACUACAUGUGUCAUUUCAGCCCCAAAGAUCCCAAGGUGCUGACCGAGAUGAAGUUUGACUUCUUGAUGACGGUGUGUAACCACGAGCACUUCAUUCCUCUCAACCUGCCCAUGGCUUUUGGGCGCACUAAGCUGCAGAGGGUACAAGAGCAGAGUCUGGAGUUCAGUUUGACGGAGGAAUACUGCCGUAACCACUUCCUGGUGGGCCUGCUGCUGAGAGAGGUGGCCGACGCCUUGCAGCAAGCGCCCGAAGUGAGGCAGCAGGCUGUGGGCAUCCUCAAGAACCUUCUUAUUAAACACGCCAUGGAUGAUCGCUACACCACUUUCAAGAACCAGCAGGCCAGGAUCUGUUUGCUGUACCUCCCACUUUAUGAGCUGCUCUACCAGAACUUGAAGCAGCUGUCCGCUCAGCCUCUCAUCUCCAGUCCUGGGCUGGGCCUAAACGGCUCCAGAGAUGACCUAAUAUCCACAGACAUGAGGAGGAUCAGCACAGCGAUCGAGAAAGAGCAUGGUCAGCCAACUCAGAAUGGCCACGUUGUGAGGAGGGAGGACUCCAGAGGCUCUCUAUUUAUGGACCCAGGAACACCGGACAGCACUGAGCUGCAGAGACGCGCCUCCACCAUGAGCAGCAGCACCAUGCCUCCUAUCGGCAGACUGGGACAAUAUGAGAUCAAAGGCCUCCUGUUCUCUUUCCUGCACAUCGCCAAGACCUUGUCAGAAGACACUCUGAUGGCCUACUGGAACAAAAUCAGCCCUCAAGACAUCAUGAACUUCCUCAGUUUGCUCGAGGUCUGUCUAGCUCAGUUCCGUUACAUUGGAAAGAGGAACAUCGGCAGGAGCCAGGAGGCAUGUGUGUCGAAGCUGUUCUCGUCAGGUGGAAAGUCUCAGACAAUGCCAGCCAUGCGCUGCAACCGUGCCAGCCUCAUGCAGAGCAAGAUACACCAGUUCAACACCAUGGAAGCCUCCCUCACCCUCAACAUAGGGGCAGGGCCGUCAGAAGCAGAAAUCCACCAUCAGGCUCUGCUAGAAGGCAACAUCUCCACCGAGGUCUGCCUCAGCGUCCUGGACAUCCUGAGUCUGUUCACUCAGUGUUUCAAGAACCAGCUGCUGGACAGCGACGGUCACAACGCGCUGAUGAAGAAGGUGUUUGACGUCUACCUGACUUUCCUCAAAGUCGGCCAGUCAGAAGCUGCCCUCAAACAUGUGUUCGCCGCACUGCGGGCUUUCAUUAACAAGUUCCCUUCGGUGCUGUUCAAGGGUCGCGUGACGCUAUGCGAGGCUCUGUGCUGCGAGGUGCUCAAGUGCUGCGUCUCCAAGCUGGCCUCUCUGCGGGCCGAGGCGUCAGCCCUGCUCUACCUGCUCAUGAGGAAUAACUACGAGUACACCAAGAGGAAGACCUUCCUACGCACACACCUGCAGAUCAUCAUUGCAGUUAGCCAGCUGAUUUCUGACGUGGCGCUGACCGGGAGUUCACGCUUCCAGGAGUCUCUCUCCAUCAUCAACAACUUUGCAAACAGCGACAAGGCCAUGAAGUCCACAGCUUUCCCCUCAGAAGUGAAGGGUCUGACCAAGCGGAUCCGCACAGUUCUGAUGGCUACAGCCCAGAUGCGAGAGCAUGAAAAAGAUCCUGAAAUGCUGCUGGACCUCCAGUACAGCCUGGCCCGGUCCUACGCCAGCACCCCUGAGCUGAGGCGGACCUGGUUGGACAGCAUGGCCAGAGCGCACCUCAAGAAUGGAGAUUUGUCAGAGGCUGCGAUGUGUUAUGUUCAUGUAGCUGCGCUGGUUGCGGAAUACCUGAACAGGAAAAAGUUGUUUCCCAGCGGCUUGGCAGCUUUCAAGAAAAUCACCUUUAACAUCGACGAGGAAGCUGCCAUGAAGGAAGACGCCGGCAUGCAGGAUGUCUAUUACACUGAGGAAGUGUUGGUGGAACACCUCGAGGUCUGCGUGGACGCGCUGUGGAAAGCUGAGCGCUACGAACUCAUCACACACAUUGCCAAACUCGUUAUCCCCAUUUAUGAGAAGCGCCACGAAUAUGAGAAACUAAGCCGACUGUACGAAACUCUGCACAGAGCGUACAAUAAGAUCAUGGAGGUGAUCCAGUCGGGCCGCAGGCUGCUCGGGACCUACUUCAGAGUGGCCUUUUAUGGACAGGGCUUCUUUGAGGAGGAGGACGGGAAGGAGUACAUUUACAAAGAACCCAAACUGACAGGCCUGUCCGAAAUCUCCCAGCGGCUGCUGACGCUCUACGGGGAAAAGUUUGGGCCAGAAAAUGUCAAGAUGAUUCAAGACUCAAAUAAGGUCAACCCCAAAGACCUUGACCCCAAGUUUGCCUACAUCCAAGUGACCUUUGUCAAGCCGUACUUCGAGGAGAAGGAAGCGCCAGAGAAGAAGACGGACUUUGAGAAGUGCCACAACAUCAGCCGCUUUGUGUUCGAGACACCGUACACGCUGUCGGGGAAGAAGCACGGCGGGGUGGAGGAGCAGUGCAAGAGGAGGACCGUCCUCAUAACUGCCAACACUUUCCCAUAUGUGAAGAAGCGGGUGGAGGUGGUGGCUGAGAAGCAGGUGGAGCUUAAGCCGGUAGAUGUGGCCAUAGAUGAGAUGAAGGCACGGACAGCAGAGCUGACUAAACUCUGCUCCAGCCAGGAAGUGGACAUGAUCCAGCUGCAGCUCAAAUUGCAGGGUUGCGUCUCUGUGCAGGUGAAUGCAGGCCCCAUGGCGUAUGCCAGAGCAUUCCUGGAUGACAGUAAAUCCAACCAGUCCGGCAACAAGAAAGUAAAGGAGCUCAAGGAUGUUUUCAGACGUUUUGUCGAGGCUUGCAGCAUGGCGCUGGACAUAAACGAGCGCUUGAUCAAAGAGGACCAGUUUGAGUAUCAUGAGGGCCUGAAAACCAAUUUCAAAGAAAUGGUAAAAGAGCUGUCGGACAUCAUCCACGAGCAGAUAUACCCGGAGGAUAUGAUGCGAUCACUGUUACAGAACUCCCUCCAUGUGUUCCGUGCCAUCAGCGGGACGUCCACUGACCUCGGUUGACCUCCUGCACACCACCCUCCGUCUCUUGCGGCCACCCACACUUCUGUAUAUCCUUGCACUUCUCCCUUGAGGACCUGGAUUGGUUUAUAACAGGGAAUUUGUCAGUGCAAAUCUGCCCAGCUAUGCAUGCCAAAACAUUCCCCCUGGUGAAGAUGCCAUUUGGCUAUCAACAGCAUCUUUGCUGGAUGUGCAGUGGAUGGUGGGGGUAACAGCUUGCGGCACAGCACUCAGAUUUAGUCCUCAAACCACAGCAGCAGUAAUUCUGAGAAUGUAUUACAGCAACACCAUUUACGCGUCUGCAUGUCAGGUUUAGGUGUUACGCUCGGCUGCAUUGCACUUUUUUUUUUCUCCCCACCUUUACAGCAAACUGCCGGACUGACUGCUGGUUAAACGGUUUUUCCAUUUUCUAUUUGCAAUGCCGCCCUUUAGAUCUAUGCAGGACACCACGCUCCGUCCCAACUUUUACAACUUGAGUCACCUUUUUAAAGACAGUAGCACCUUUAGAUUGCAUCUCAGUGUUUGUGGCGAGAGGUUUCGUGCUAGCAUACCGGCUCAACUGGUUCAACUGUUUUAUAAAAGGCACCCUAACCAAAAGCAUUGUGAGACUGUCUGGCAAAGGGUUGAUGUUUAUGUGCUAGCAGUGCAUUCCUGACGACUGAGGAGAAGGUGAUAAACAGAUAAGUCACGACUAAAGAGCAGCAGCUUAUAGAGCGUCAGGGCAAAGUUACUACCAUGUUUAUUCAAUGGCAGGCCUCUUGUGACUGCUCCAAAGUUACAGCGAAGACAAGACAGAGCUCAGGGUUGUAAUAAAUCUGCUGGCAAGAGUGGCUUGUGUAGUUUAAAAGUUGCCAAGUGCUUUGUUAAGACAAAACAAAAUCCAUUUGGAGUAACAGUGUUCUGGACUGUGUGCCCGUGAAUGCAUAAUAUAGAUUGCUAAUUCUAUUACAGCUUGAAAACAAUCAUUGAAAUAGUAUUAUUUUUGGACAUUUGAAAAUGGAAAUUGACAAAGCGAUGACAGCGUUGUGAUGAGAUUUAUUUCAGUGCAUUGAGUUAGUAAAGACCUGAUUUUGGAUCCAGUGCCUUUGUGCUCUGUCUUCUGAAAAGACUCCUUUAUCUUGAGUAAUAAGAAGCCUCAUGUGCUGGUUAUUCACAGUAUUUCACAAGUGCUACACUGAAAUUAGCAGACAGAUAAAUAAUAUUUAAGCAGAUGUACAUAAUUUGUCAACAUGCUGUAAAAUGAACUCUGUAUCCAUGUAUGUUUAUAUGUACUGUAUGUAUGUGUGUAUUAUAUAGCCACUUUUUUGGACUCUUGUCGGUCCAGAAUCCGUCCUAGCAGAGAUUUCUGUUUGUCAUUUUUAUUGCAUUGUUUACUGAGGUGAAGCUGCUUGUCAAACUUCCUUUGUAAAAUCCCUUUUUCAAUAAAACCUGUGGGGGAAAAAAACC